AUGGAGGAAAAUCAUCCUGAGAGGACAAGCAGCUUCUCUCGUAUAGAAGAGAAGCCAAGCGAAUCUGACUAUCCAUCCAAUUCGAUCAUCAAAGAAGAAGAAGAAGAAGAAAAAGAAAAAGAAGAGUUAAUAGAUGAAGAGAAAAAGAAAGAUGAUAAGGAAGAAGAAAAAGAUGAAGAAUUGAAAGAAGCCGAUUUCAAUUCGAGUUUUCAAAAGAUCUCAAAAGAGAUCAACCAAUUUCUUAAUACCAUUGUCAAUAUUGAAGAAAACAAAGAUGAUGUUGAUCGGAGCAAUCCAUUUGAAGUACCGGAUUUGAUCGAGAAAUUCAUGAUAUUAAUUGAAAAUGAAAUAGCCAAAUAUGAUGUGGUAAAGGAUUACGGUAGGUGGGGCCGAGAUUCUGACAAUGAUGAAUCAUCAUCCUUUCUUGAAGCGGUCGAUAAGGUAUCGAAACUUAUGAAUGCUUUCGCUCAGUUUCCAUCUGAGCCACAAUAUGUGUUAGCGGUCCACCGUACAAGUAAUGUUCUACACCGCGCGAUGUUGUUCCUGGAAGAGGAGUUUAAAAUUCUUCUAGAAGAUUUUGUGAGCGUUGGAGACACUGGGCCUGACGAUCUGAAGACAAAACAGAUGUCGCUGAGCUCAUACCAUGAGCCCGAUCAGGGUGAAUCUGAUUAUAUCAAUUUCUCAGGGUUUGAGCCCGAAACUAUCCCGCGGAUGGCGAUGAUUACAAAGGCCAUGAUAGCGGUGGGAUACGAGACGGAGUGCUGCCAAAUUUUCACGAUCAUGCAGCGGCAUGCGUUCGAUGACAACUUAUCGAAGAUCGGAUGCGAGAAAAUUAGUAUCGAUGAUAUCCAAAAGAUGCAGUGGGAAGCAUUGGAGGGCGAGAUCCUGACAUGGAUCAAUGCUUGCAAGCAAUGCCUGACGGUAUAUCUCCCUGGUGAGCGAAAAUUCUCUGAAUCAGUCUUCGCUGAUCAUCCAUCUAUCUCGGCUGACCUCUAUAGCAAUUUAGCCCGUAUCAUCAUCAACCAACUACUAAAUUUCGUAGAGGCGGUAGCAAUGACGAAACGAUCUGCUGAGAAGCUCUUUAAGUUCUUGGACAUUUACGAGACCUUCCGCGACUUCAUCAAAGCAUUGGAUGGUAACGACCUCUUCCCAGGUGGGACAUCACCCGAGCUUAUAUCAGAGGUAUCAUAUGCGCAUUCCCAGCUAGUAGAAUCUGCAGUUAUGAUCUUCUCAGAUCUGGAGAAUUCAAUCAAGUCCGAUCACGGAAAGACGCCUGUCCCAGGCGGCGCGGUCCACCCGCUUACCCGCUAUGUGAUGAAUUACGUGAAGUAUACGUGUGAGUAUAAAGAAACCUUAGAACAUGUAUUUAGAGAACAAAAACAAGAAGAUAAUGACGAUUCAUCAGUGGAACCUAACGAAAGCAUAAAUGCUUCUACGGGACACGCAGAGAAGUCCCGACAAUCGCCAUUCUCUAUACAAAUGAUGACAAUCAUGGAUCUUCUAGAUUCGAACCUCGACGGAAAGUCCAAGCUCUACAAGGACAUCUCUCUGAGAUACAUAUUCUUGAUGAAUAAUGGACGAUAUAUUAUGCAGAAGAUCAAGGGGUCCCCUGAGAUUAAAGAGUUGCUUGGCGACAAGUGGUGUCGGAAGAGGUCGUCAAAUCUCCAGCAAUACCACAAAAACUACCAAAGAGAGACGUGGGGCCGGGUGUUGGGGUGCCUGAGGGAUGAGGGGUUGCUUCAAGGGAAGGGGGUCAUCGUGAAGCCGACCCUAAAAGAACGAUUCAAAUCUUUUAAUGCCCUUUUUGAUGAGAUACACAAAACACAAAGCAUGUGGGUGGUGAGCGAUGAGCAACUGCAGUCAGAGCUGAGGGUAUCAAUAUCGGCGGUAGUGAUACCGGCGUACCGAUCAUUUCUUGCACGAUUCCAACAAUAUCUUGAUCCAGGUCGACAGACUGAGAAGUAUAUCAAGUAUGGGCCGGAGGAGAUAGAGACGUGCGUCGAAGAGCUUUUUGGUGGGACACCGGCAUCAAUGGUGAGGAGGAGAUGACCAGAGAAAGAGAGAAGGGAAAAUAGUGAGAUAAGUCAAUUUUCAUAUGUUUGAUUGUUUUAACUUUUUUUUUGUGUUUUGUGUUGUUGUGU